UAUACAACUCUCUUCCUCAUUACUCCUAUAAACAAACCCAUCACCAUUCAUCUUCAUCACUUGUAAGCAAAUCAAAACAUCUCAUCAAAUGGAACAAGACAGACAUCUUCUUCCUAUCCUCACUCAAUCCCCUACCUUCCAACAAUGCACUCUUGUUGCCACUAUAGCUCUCUUUUCAUGGAUUUUAAUCCAUAGAUGGAGUCAGAGAAACAAGACAGGCCCCAAGACAUGGCCACUCAUUGGAGCAUCCAUUGAAUUGCUCAAGAACUAUGACAGGAUGCAUGAUUGGCUAGCUGAUCAUCUUUCAGUAUCCAAGACCAUCACUGUUCCUUUGCCAUUCACUACUUACACAUAUAUUGCUGAGCCUUCCAAUGUAGCUCAUGUUCUUAAGACCAACUUCUCCAACUACCCUAAGGGGGAGUUAUAUAGGUCCUACAUGGAUGUCUUGUUGGGGGAUGGCAUCUUCAAUGCAGAUGGAGAGAUGUGGAGAAAACAAAGGAAGACUGCAAGCUUUGAGUUUGCUUCCAAGAACCUCAGAGAUUUCAGCACCACUGUGUUCAGGGACUAUGCUUUAAAGCUUUCAAAUAUCUUAUGCAAUGUGUCUAUAAUCCAUCAAGACAUUGACAUGCAGGACUUGUACAUGAGGAUGACAUUGGACUCAAUUUGCAAAGUGGGAUUUGGAGUAGAGAUUGGAACACUGUCACCAGACUUGCCUGAUAAUAGCUUUGCUCAUGCAUUUGAUGAGGCAAACACCAUUGUUACACUUAGGUUCAUUGAUCCUUUCUGGAGGAUUAAGAGGUUUUUGAACUUAGGUUCAGAGGCUCUUCUUGAAAGAAGCAUCAAGGUUGUUGAUGACUUCACUUACAACAUGAUUCGACGAAGAAAAGCCGAGUGGAACAACAACAAAAUGAAGCAUGACAUACUAUCAAGAUUCAUAGAUCUAGGGAAGGAACCGGAGAGCGGUUUUGACAGUGAUAAAAGCCUCAGAGACGUCGUCCUGAACUUUGUGAUCGCCGGCAGGGACACGACAGCAACAACAUUAUCAUGGUUCACCUACAUGAUCAUAACUCACCCAAAAAUUGCAGACAAACUCUGCAUGGAGCUCAAGGGCUUUGAAGAACAGAGAGCAAAAGAGGAGAACAUCAAACUAAUAACAUGUGAUAAAGAUGAUGAUCAUUCCUUUGAGAGCAAAGUCUCACAAUUUGCUGGACUCCUCAACUAUGACUCCUUGGGAAAACUCUCUCACUUAACUGCUGCCAUUUCUGAAACACUUAGGCUUUAUCCUGCUGUUCCUCAGGAAAAGCAGGACCCUAAAGGAGCAAUAAGGGAUGAUGUAUUACCAGAUGGGACUAAAGUGAAGGCUGGUUGGUUGGUGACCUAUGUGCCAUACUCCAUGGGAAGGAUGGUGUACAAUUGGGGUCCUGAUGCUAAAUGUUUCAAGCCUGAGAGAUGGUUAAAAGAUGGUUUUCUUCAAAGUUUCUCACCCUUCAAGUUUUCUGCAUUCCAGGCAGGGCCAAGGAUAUGUUUGGGAAGAGACUCAGCUUAUCUGCAGAUGAAGAUGACAUUGGCCAUACUUUGUAGGUUCUUUGAGUUCAAGCUGGUUCCUGAUCAUCCAGUGCAUUAUAGGAUGAUGACUGUGCUUUCCAUGGCUCAGGGACUCAAGGUCAGAGUCUUCAGGAGGAGUUGAUAAUCUCUUUUGGACUCUGUUUUGAGAAUAUAUAUAUAUAUACAUAUCACAAUAGGUUUUGAUUUGUUGUUACUUCUCAUUGUGUAACUAUUGUGUCUUUUUAAUGUCAGACCUGCUUGGCAUCUACUGCCUUUUAUUUA